AUGGAUUCAAGAGAUGAGAAGCAGCAAAAGCCCCUGCCUAGUGCAGAGGAAGAGCCCCAGAAGACCGACAAGUCAGAAGAGGAGGAGAAGGGCACUCCUCCCGCAUCGAUGAAGUCCCAGGUGUCCUUCGCCAAGUCAGCUAAGAGUUCCGACGAGGAUAUGACCGGAAAGCUCACUGGCGUCAAGUCCAUGGUGAGCUUUGGAGAGUCAGCUGCUGGCAGUGGCGACUACACCCACUUGGACACCAAGGACUUCCUCAAGUCGCGUCAGGGAACAAGCAAGAUGUUCGGACUUCCCUCGCAGUUCUUCCAGAGCCGAGCGAGCAUUCGCACGUGGGCAGCCGAAGAAAUCGCCGACCCCAUGGUCCAGCCCUACGAGAAGAACGACCCGAACUUGCCCCGUCCGUUCCACACCUCGCUGCCGGGUUAUGAGCCACGCCUCUGCAAGUACGUUCUGACCAAGGGUGAGAAGCCCCCUCGCGACCCCCUGCUCGGACCGGAGGUCUCUGUGUUCCCGCCCACCUGGAUCCCUCACUGGGAGCCAGACCCCAACUUCAAGCCGCAGGCAUACAACUUCAACUGGGAGGACAAUGGCACCUUCCAAAUGGACAAGCUGCCGUAUCCGAAGGCCGUCUUCGAGCCGGCCGACGGAUCCGCCCACAAGAUGUACAACCAGGCCUACCCGUACACGGCAUACCCCUACGGCGUUCCCCGGGUCUAG